AUAAUAGAUGACCAUUUUACCUAUUUUACGCAAUUCUUUCCGACUUCUAUAUUUUCGUUAUAAUUUUGUAUUAAUUAGUUAUCAUGGCUGACUUUAUAAAACUAUCGAUCUUCGGAACUGUUUUUGAAGUCACAACAAGAUAUGUGGAUCUUCAACCGGUUGGCAUGGGAGCCUUUGGUCUAGUUUGCUCUGCAAAGGACCAACUUACCGGUACAAACGUUGCAAUAAAGAAGAUCAUGAAACCUUUUAGUACUCCCGUUCUUUCAAAGAGGACAUAUCGUGAACUUAAACUAUUGAAACAUUUGAAACAUGAGAAUAUUAUUAGUUUAAGUGACAUUUUUAUUUCUCCGUUAGAAGAUAUAUAUUUUGUUACAGAAUUGCUGGGAACCGAUUUACACAGACUUUUGACAUCUCGUCCAUUGGAAAAACAAUUCAUUCAAUACUUUUUGUAUCAGAUAUUGCGAGGGCUGAAGUAUGUCCAUUCUGCUGGUGUUGUGCAUAGGGAUUUGAAACCAAGUAAUAUUUUGGUUAAUGAAAAUUGUGAUUUGAAGAUCUGUGAUUUCGGACUUGCACGUCUUCAGGAUCCCCAAAUGACUGGUUAUGUUUCAACAAGAUAUUAUAGAGCUCCGGAAAUCAUGCUUACAUGGCAAAAGUAUGAUGUGGCAGUUGAUAUUUGGAGUGCGGGAUGCAUCUUUGCUGAAAUGUUAGAAGGAAAACCUUUAUUCCCAGGAAAAGACCAUGUCAAUCAAUUUUCAAUUAUCACUGAAUUACUUGGAACGCCACCUGAUGAUGUAAUUCAAACUAUUUGUAGUGAGAAUACACUUCGCUUUGUGCAAUCUUUGCCAAAACGCGAAAAAGUUCCUUUUUCUCAAAAAUUUAUGAACGCCGAACCUGAAGCAUUAGAUUUACUUGAAAGAAUGCUAGUUUUUGACCCGAGGAAGCGUAUCACUGCUGAGCAAGCGUUGGCGCAUAAAUAUUUAGAACCAUAUCACGAUGAAUCUGACGAACCUAUUGCAGAUGAGCCUUUUGAUUGGUCCUUUAAUGAUGCAGAUCUACCUGUUGAUGAAUGGAAGGUGAAGAUGUAUCAUGAAAUUUUGGAUUUUCAUAAUGUAGAUGGCCAAAAUUAUGCGGAUAAUUCAGAAAUUCAAAAAUCUUUUCAGUAAAUUUAACUUUUUAAAUACAUACACUUACAUAUAGUUGCGAUUAUUUUUACCGAAAAAAUUUGAAAAAUUAAACAAAAAAAAAAAUUUAUUUAUUUAUUACUUUAUAUAAUUAUUUAAUUAUGAUAUAAUAAUCACAUAAUUUAUAUAUUGCAAAUAGUUCCCUGAAGCAUAUAUUUUAAAAUAAACUUCUUUUGUUUAUAGAUUAAUA